UCGCGAGUCGUCCGUCUAACGUCAUAAGAAUUCCUCCUCGAGCGACAAAGCGAGAGGUGGAGAGAGCCAAGACUCCGUGUCUGUUGGCGUCGCGUCGCGUCGCGUCCGCUCGAAUCUCGAGAGGUGGCCGAACCGCCGAACGGCGGCGGUAUUCGCGUUUGUUGUCGCCGCAGGACGCUCAGACGUCAGAGACGCUUUAAUGUGCAUGGGGCGAGUGCGGGUGCGGGGCAUGCUCUUAGCGGGUGUAGAUGGUCGCGGUAGUCGCCGCGGCGUCGGCGGCAAAACUGCGGCAACUGCGCUCGCGUCAACAAAAUGUCAAACCAGUCAAACAUCAGCUCGCUGUCCGAGCGACUCAUCGUGAACGGUGAGAGGAGCAGGAACAGCGUCAACGCUGCUGGUGCCGCCACCGGCGCUGUCAGUGGCAACGGCGGUUGCCGCGGGGUGAGAGGAAUAGGAAAGGGCAGUUGCGUGGGUGGUGGAAGUGUCUUUGAUUCUUACAGUGGUCCCGAUUCUUGUGUCAGUCACAUCAGUGCCGGUAGUAACAAGAAUAAUAACAAUAAUACUACUGAUAUCAUUGGAAACGGCGGUGUACUCGUUGUUACCGGCGGCGUCAUCGGUGGCGCCGCGGACGGUCUCCGCGACGUGACGUUGUCCGACGCCUUCCGCGACACGACGCCAGUGAAUUUCUGCCGCGAGACGACAGUACCGCGUACCUGCAGCGGCGACUGUCGUUGCUGCACCUACGCUGUCGACGCGUUAUUAUCCUCGGUGACAGGAGGGACGACGUGCUUGGCCAACGGUGGCGGGGACGACGUCGCCGCCAAUGACGACGACGUCGACGACGACAACGACGUCGACGACGACGACGACGACGACGUCGCAACGUCGAUCAACUAUCGUGAGAUUACAUUGAGCAGCGCUGGAAUCAGAACAACGACGACGACGACGCCGCUGUUGGACGCCGGUAGCGUCGACGCAAGAACGGUCGACAGAAGUAGGAGUGGAAACAGCAACAACUCUAUAAACGCCGCUGCCGUCGUCAUUGUUGACGUCGCGCCGUCGUUCCACGACGUCGACGACGACGACGACGACGACGAAGACGAAGAAGAAGACGAGGACGACGACGACGAAGAAGAAGACGAGGAUCGUCGUCGCUAUCACGAUCGCGGCAAGAUGGUCGCGGCGAUGAACGAACACCUGUCGAACGCUACGACGACGACAACAUCGUCACCACCGGCGGUGGCAAACGCCAUCCGCAACACCAUCGCGAUGUCAUCAUCGUCGUCCUCAUCAUCGUCAUCAUCAUUGUCGUCGUCGUCGUCGUCUUCAGUAUCGUCGGCUAUGAUGACAGCGACUACCACAAACGCCGGCGGCAAUCCUUCCGCCACGAUGAUGACGAUGAGCAGCGUCGGGAGCGGUGCCAAUGGUAACAAUAAUAAUGCCGGCGGCGGUGGUUGCACCAGCGCACGCAAUCAGGAGUUCCAGGAGAUGGACGGCGACGGCAAGAGUACCAGCGGCAACACCGCUGCCGCCGGUAUCCAUAGUUUUCCAUGUGACUUCGAUCAUAUGUAUGCCAGCAUGACCGACGGUGCUGCGCCGGCUGCCGCCGCGGCCACCGCGGCCACCGCUCUCGGCGUCAGUCCACUGCGCGGCAAUGAGCCUCGUCACAAUGAUCUCACCGAGGUCAAACACCUCAAGGAGUUGCUGUUGCUCCACCUCGACCUCAUCCAGCAGCAGUCCGAGCAGAUCGUCACCAAGGACAAACUCCUCGCCGCGCUACGUCAGGAAAAUGAGACGCUGAAGCUACGUUUGGAACGGAUGGAAAGGCGUGUAAAUCUUCAGAAACUUAGAUCUGAAUGUAGCGAGAAUUCUACCGGUUCUGAGCAUUUAGGUGCCUGUUCGCCCACCAGUGUCAAUUCAGUGAAUGUACCUUCGACCAGCGAACUGCAUAGAAAUGUUCAAUGCGAGAGCACCAACAGUAGCAACAUCUUGCACGAGAGUUUUAAGAUACGUUUAAAUACUAGUGGCGGUAUCACCACUGUUAAACAAGAACCACACGAUAAUCAAAUUAAAUUGGAAGUCAAACAAGAGCCUAAUAACGAGGCGAGGUUUGAAUGGGAAGAGAAAAAGAAGAGACGAUCUGAUCCAACGCCUUUGUCUACAGGUAGUAAAAAGAAAAGAGGUCUCUCUUGUUCGUCUACUGUUAGUAAUGACGGAGUGCAAGAAAAGAUAUUGGGUCAGACAUUGCACGAAACCAGUAGAAAGAGCGACAGAAAGUCAAAAUCUCUUGUAAAAAGAGAAUCCUUUCUCACGACAGAAGAACAUUAUUAUACAGCUGUAGGAGAUCCAACUUACACAUUAAAUAUGAAACAAUUUAGUCCAGUAGAUACAAGUAAUUCAUUAGAAGUUCCAAAUUGGAGAGUAAAAGUAUAUACGAGUUGUUAUACAAUGGAAGGAACCGAGAAUUUGGAUGAUGAAAUUUUUAAUAAGAGACAUUUGAAAUUGGAGAACGAUGAAAGGAGGCGAAAGCGAUGGGAUGUACAAAGGAUAAGGGAACAAAGGCAUAUAGAAAAGUUGAAACAACGACAAGAACGUCAAAAUCAUCAAGCUACGUGUUAUAAUACAAAUCAUACUGGUCCUUGUCCAUCAUCCAUGGAGGAGGAAACCAUAACUUCCUUGUGGCCUGAUAUAGAACAAAUUCAAAGUAUCCAAGUAGAUCUUCAUUUACCAGUAACUGCAUUUGGCGCACCUAUUCCUAGUUUUACUUCAUGCGAAUUCUCUUUACCCUGGUCGAAUAUAACGCGAAUAAAGUGUCGACGUCCUAAACGUUCAACAAGUAGAAGAAAAUCUACAAGUAGAAGAAAAGUUUAAGAGAUAUAAAUUUUUAUAAAAUUAGACAGAACUGAUUUUAUCGGUACCGUCAGUUUUAAACUCUUGAAAAUACUACUGCUCCCUCUCACGCCAUAAUUGAAACAGCGUUUUUCGUUGCAGGGGCACCAAAGAUAUUUUUAUUGACUUUUUAAACA